AUGAGUGAAUGUUUGAAAUACCAAAAACCAAAAGAGUACUUAAUGAAAUAUGCUUUAUUCUCGCACAAUAUAGAUUUCGUUACAUUCUUAAUGAACGAAUACAACAUUAAAAUUGAUUUGGAAUAUUGUAUCAAAUAUAAUAAUCCUCUUGCAUUUUUAGUUUAUUUAGAUCAAACUAAAGAUAUUAACAACUGCUUGAUUUAUUCACCAUUGUUUAAUAAUGUUAAACUUUGUGAAUAUUUGAUUUCACAUGGUGCAAAUGUAAAUUCUAAAGAUAAAGAUCAAAAAAACGCUCUUCAUAAUGCAGCAUGCAGAAAUAUAAAAGAAAUAACAGAACUUCUUAUUUCACAUGGUGCAGAUGUAAAUUCUAAAGAUAAAGAUAAACAAACCGCUCUUCAUAUUGCAGCAGAAUAUAAUAGCAAAGAAACUGCAGAAAUUCUUAUUUCAAAUGGUGCAAAUAUAAAUGCUAAAAUGAGUUAUGGACGUACUGCUCUUCAUAUUGCAGCAGACAACAAUAGCAUUGAAAUAGCAGAAAUUCUUAUUUCACAUGGUGCAGAUAUCAACGAAAAAGAUAAUGAUGGAGAUGACGCUCUCUAUUAUGCAAUUCAUGAUAAUAGUAAAGAAAUGGUUGAAUUUCUUAUUUUCCACGGUGCAAUUAUAUCUACCCAUCUUAAGAAAGCAGCAUCACAGAAUUGUAAAGAAAUAGCAGAAUUUCUUAUUUUACACGGUGCGGAUAUAUCUACCGCUCUUCAUGAUGCAGCACACAGUAAUUCAAAAGAAGUAGCAGAACUUCUUAUUUUACACGGUGCAGAUAUAAAUGCUGAAGAUAUAAAUGGAAAAACUCCUCUUCAUAUGGCAGCAAGAAACAAUAGCAAAGAAACAGCAGAACUUCUUAUUUUGCAUGGUGCAGAUAUAAAUGCCAAAGACAAAGACGGAUACACUGCUCUUCAUUGGGCAGCAAUAUCUAAGGACAAAGAAACAGCAGAACUUCUUGUUAUGCAUGGCGCAGAUGGAAAUGCCAAAGACGAAGACGGAGAAACACCUCUUCAUCAUGCAGUAUUUCAUGAAGUUGAAAAAAUAAUAAAACUUCUUAUUUCACAUGGUGCCGAUAUAAAUGCCAAAUCAAAAUUCGGACAUACACCGCUUUAUUAUUCAACAGGAAAAUAUGCUCGUUAUGAAAUAACUAGACUUCUUAUUUCACUCUGUGCCAAAGGUGAUUAUUAA